AACUGGAUAGUUGGAUUGGUUGAUUUUAAAACUAAUCAAUGUUAUUUUGUAAGCAUAAAUUUAUUUUGGGGCAGAUCGAUCAAAAGAUUGCACCUGGAAAUGUAUUUUGGGUUAAAAACUGCAUGAUGGUGAAUUUUACGAAAAGAUUAGUAAAAAUGUAUUUUAUUUAUCUUUAAGAUUUUAAUGAAUUUAAAAUGGCCAGUAUGGCUUGUUAAAUUGGUUUUAAUGUUAAAAUGAUAAAUUAUGUAGUUGGUGUAGUUUUAAUAUUUAAAAUGGUAAAAACAAGCUUAGUACGAGAUUUGCGGUAAAGAUCGGAUGUAAUAAUAUUUUCAUGGUUUUGAGUUGUUGAACAAGAUAAAAACUGGGCAAACCUAUUUUAGGAUGAUAAAUAGAUGUUCUGGUAUUUUUGGGAGAUUUUUGGAGUAAGCAUUUUAUUGGAGUUGAUAACCGACGUGAAAUUUAUAUGGAUCAGGAAUCAGUGGGACGACACUGAUUCCUGGAUUGAUUGAGAUGAUGAUGAGAUGAGUAACAUGAGAUUCAUUUGAACGUGGAACUCAAUGGGAAGGCAUUGAUUCCUAAUUUGAUUUUAUUCGAUGAAAUGUUUAACGUGAGAUAUGCACAGACCGAUUAAUCAGUGGGACUGCAUUGAUGCCGGAUUGUUUAUGAUGGAUGAGAGAAAUGAUAAUUUUUUGAUUCGUGAUCAUAUAAUCCACAUAGACGUAGAAAGAGCAUGCAAUUUUACCCCCAGAUGAUUAUGAGUUUGGGUAUAUCUAGCUUGCUUCUGCACGCAUUGUGGUUGCAUGAGCACCACGGAUGAUGAUGAUUUGCUCGUGUGCGGGUAAGUUUAUGGUAACCUUGGUGCCAUUAAUAAUUUAUUGGAAUUUUUAUAUCAUGCAUUGUUUGUGUGUUCGUGAAACUGUGUGAUUAUCAUAUUGGUUAAAUUGGCUCGAUGAUGAUGAGUUGAUGGAUUUGAUAUAUUGAUUGAUGAUUCAUAUAUGAUGGCCUAGGAUGAAAUCUAGACUACUGAAUUGCAAUUGAAUAUGACUACAUGAGUAGCUGAUUGUGGUCCCAAAACUAGGUCGUGGGAAAGGUCCACGCACCAGCUUAGUAGCUGACCCACUUCUGUUCAGUUUCUUACAGUCCCCAAAGGAAUUGAGAGAAACUCUGGUAUUGCACAAUGAUCGAUGGAGGAUUGGUUUUGAAGUUUUCUAAAAUUUUGAAAUGAUUCUCAUUUAUGUUAUAUGAGUUGAUGAUUGGGUAUGCGUAGUGGAUGACACCGUAUUGAGCAUAGUAGUGAAUGAACACUCUCUUUUGGUUUAAAUGAAACAAAUGAAAUAGAUCAAGUUGAUAUUUGGUAUACAAUGAGUAAUUUGAGAAUUGAUUGCUGUGGAUGUUGGAUUAAAACGAUGCUGGUAUGUGUUACCAGCGGUAAAGAGUUGAGUUUUAGCGUAACCCUCGGUAGAGAUUCCGCUAUGCGGGUAAGCCAUUGGUCCAGCCCAUAAGUUUUAGGCUGGGAUGUUACACACCAUCUCCUCGCCUUUCUCAUCGUCCCUAAUUGUGUCUCCAGGUCAGUUUCGACCUUUCCCUUUGUUAAUUUUGGAGAACUGGGUUAGAGUUCUUAGGUGAGGAGAAUGGGGUAUAUUUUUGCAUGAAUCUUGAAAUUGGGGGUUAGUCGAUUUAUGAUGAUUGAAUGAUGCAUGAAGUGAUUGCGGAGUUGAUUGAGCAUUGGUGGGCAAGAUUUGGUAUAAUUUGUGUUUGAAUUGGAAAAUGCCCACCAAGUGCAUUUUGUGAAUGAAUAUUUGGUCCACUAUUGUGCAUGAUGGUUGGUGACCAUUGAGGCACGUUCUAGGUUCGUAAGUGCAACUUUUGAUGAAUUAUGAAUCACCUAGAAUCAUGUCUCGAUGUGUCUUGUGUGUAAUGAGCUUAAUCGUUUGAUAACCAAUCUUGCGAAAAGCCUUUCAAGGCAUAUAUCUGUAGUGGAAUCCUAGGUGUGAGGGAAUUCCUUUUCUCCCUGAUGAAUUGUAAUUUAUGAAUGUUUCUAUGUAUGGUGUAUGGUUUUUGUUGUUUUUGCAGGAUGGUUGAUGCAAACCACCCGUACCUUCACUACUUGGUGAACCACGAGAAGUACAAGAAUGAGUUCGAGCAAUAGUGAUACAAUACUGGUUCCUGGAUAUGGACAUGUUUACCAUGUUCCGAUGUCGAGCUAAGAUGUCCGGGGUGCUCAUCCAUCCCCAGUGGCACAACCUCUUGUUCAUCGACGAGCUCUACUAUAGAGAGCUAUGUGUGGAGUUCUACUCCACUUUCAUUCAUGAGGUUCCCACCAGCAAGCGCAACCAGCCAUACGUGGAGUUUAUGCUCGGGAGACAUCACAACGUCAUGAACUAUGACAGUUUUGAUCAGGCCACGGGCCUCGACAACACUGUUAUGACCAUGUUGAAGAGGGAGUAUGCCAGAGACUUCAUAUAUCAGAAGGCAUACCGGGCUAUCUGCCUCUAGGAGCACCAGGGCCACCAGUUCCUUGCAUCGAACACCAAUGUGGUCAAGCUCCGAACCUCGUGGAGGAUCCUGCACACGCUGCUCACCCACUUAGUGAUCCCUAGUCUGCAGUCCGACACAUGGUCACUAACAUAGGAUUGAUGGCCCUCGAUUUUAUGACCCGACCCACAACAUCCCUCCAUCUCGGUUCAGUGGUGUAUACGAGUUUACACGAUGCACUUGGAGGGCAUCAUAGGAGACUUGCCAGACACUUCGAGUUGCUCGAUCAUUAUCCAGAUAGAGUCCUUCCCAUUUGAGAUGCUUCACAACAUGAAGCUUGUGAAGGAGGAACGAGGAGUUGUGUGCCUUGACAGGUUCUGCCCUUCAACUGUCUUGAGGCCACAUGUGGAGCAGGGACCGGAGGAGCCAAUGCACCGGAGCUGCCUCCUCAGCUAGCUUCCUAGCCACGCCAGCGCCGUCGUCGUCAUCCUGCACCCCCACCACCACCACCACCAUCAUCAUCAUCGGUCGGAGCUAGUGGAAGAUUCGUUGGGUGGUACCCUGCUUUGAGAGUGUCGUCAGUUUCUGGAGUUAUGUCCUCUUUGUAUAGUUUUCAAGGCGGUUCCGCAGACUGCCAACUGGGCUGCCUAUAGAGUGGCACGUAAGCUCUGUUACUGUCCUCAUCAGAGUUAGCUUACUUUUAUUUUCUAGAGUGGCUUCACUAAGUAUUGCUUUUGGUGGGUUUCAGGUAGAAGUUUCUAACUAUCUUUUCCCAUGUCAAUACUUGGAAAAAAAAUACUAUGAACUUGAAUCUACUUCAUAACCGAUAGAUGAAUAUUUUUUUAAUAAUAAUAUUCAUAGCAU